AUGAAGUACGGACUGGUGGUUCUUGCCGCUGGCUUUACUGGUUUGCUUAGCUUUAGCCUCCUCGCUGUGGCUAUUGGGACAGAUUACUGGUACAUUAUCGAUGUGAAUAAACCCAACUGCACAUGUUCAGACGACCUGAGUUCACAUUCUGGACUGUGGCGAAUUGUUGAAGGAGAGAACAGUAGCUCAGUCAUCCCCUCUUUCACAGCAAAUAUGUCCAGCCUAUCAGAAGCAGAAAGGCACCUUCUUGGCUUACACAAGGUGGUGGUCAUCGUGUUGCCCCUCAGCCUGGUCCUGCUGGUGUUCAGCUGGAUCUUUGGACUUGUCAGUUCAUUGGCUUGCAGUCCAAAGUUGCUGGCUGGAUCCGCAUCCUAUGUUUUCUUCUGCAGUCUUUUUACCCUGUCUGGGGUCAGCAUCUACGUCAGAUACUCUGACCUGGCCAUGGAGGAGUUCCAGCAGAUAGUGUCCCCAGAGAGCCUCGCCCAUGUGGACGUGUCCUUCGGAUGGUCCUUCGCCAUAGCGUGGCUCUCCUACAGCCUGGAAGUGGUCACCGGCCUGCUGCUCAUGCUAGCUGCCAGAAUAACUCAGAUGAAGGGAUGCUAUGACUCUGGUGUGACCAUCGCUAUGUUAUAG